GGGAGGGCUGUGUUUUUAUUUUUUAAACUGGUCUUGCACCCAAAUACCACCAGCGGCGCUGCCAUCCCCUCUCCCUGUUAGGCUGAGGUUGAGGGGAUGGAUGCGAAGCAGAAGUUAAAAAUAAAUAAACGCGUCUGGAAAACAAUGGUGCACGUGGACAUCUUCCCACCCAGCUGCUUCGACCAGGACCCAUCAGUUACACAGGUGACAAGAAAUGUUCCACCAGGACUUGAUGAAUAUAAUCCAUUCUCGGAUUCUAGAACACCUCCACCAGGUAGUGUGAAGAUGCCUAAUGUACCUAAUACACAGCCAGCAAUAAUGAAACCAACAGAGGAACAUCCAGCUUAUACACAGAUUGCAAAGGAACAUGCACUGGCCCAAGCUGAACUUCUUAAGCGCCAGGAAGAACUAGAAAGAAAAGCUGCAGAAUUAGAUCGUCGAGAACGAGAAAUGCAAAACCUCAGUCAACACGGCAGAAAAAAUAAUUGGCCACCUCUUCCUAGCAAUUUUCCUGUGGGACCUUGUUUCUAUCAGGAUUUUUCUGUAGACAUUCCUGUAGAAUUCCAAAAGACAGUAAAGCUUAUGUACUACUUGUGGAUGUUCCAUGCUGUAACACUGUUUCUAAAUAUCUUCGGAUGCUUGGCUUGGUUUUGUGUUGAUUCUGCAAGAGCGGUUGAUUUUGGCUUGAGUAUCCUGUGGUUCUUGCUUUUUACUCCUUGUUCAUUUGUCUGUUGGUACAGACCACUUUACGGAGCUUUCAGGAGUGACAGUUCAUUCAGAUUCUUUGUAUUCUUCUUCGUCUAUAUUUGUCAGUUUGCUGUACAUGUUCUUCAGGCUGCAGGAUUUCAUAAUUGGGGCAAUUGUGGUUGGAUUUCAUCCCUUACUGGUCUCAACAAAAAUAUUCCUGUUGGAAUCAUGAUGAUUAUCAUAGCAGCACUUUUCACAGCAUCGGCUGUUAUCUCACUAGUUAUGUUUAAAAAAGUACAUGGACUAUAUCGCACAACAGGUGCUAGUUUUGAAAAGGCCCAACAAGAAUUUGCAACAGGUGUGAUGUCCAACAAAACUGUCCAGACCGCAGCUGCAAACGCAGCUUCGACUGCAGCAACUAGUGCAGCUCAGAAUGCUUUCAAGGGUAAUCAAAUUUAGAGAAUCUUCAAACAAUACCUGUUACCUUUUGACUGUACUUUUUUCUCCAGUUACUGUAUUCUACAAAUAUUUUUAUGUUCAAAAUACACAGUACACACAGCAUGGAUAUUUCCUGUUCACUUGUGCAUGAGCUAAAACCAGAAAAACUUCCUUGUCUUAUUUACUUUACCUAAUUGUUUCUUAAUAUUUCAGUGCCCCUAGCAGAAAAAAUAUUACAUGCUAAUUAAAUACUCUCCAUAUUUUUUGGGGGAUGAUGUUCAGCAACUUAUUUCAGUGGUGACACACUGAAAUUAAUAUGGUACUUAUGAUUAAUAAUGCAUUUAAUACUAACUGCAGUAGUUCUUUCAAGAAUCUUUAGAAAUAAGAAUUGCACAUUGAAACAGUACAGCUAUGUUUCAUUCCUUUCCCCUAUUUAUAUUGAAAGAAAUAGGCCAGCAGAGACUUAAGGAUUUUUAAAUUGGCUUGCUUUUUAGCAGUUUCAGUCACCAGUGAAAAGCCUGUGUGCAUUUUGUAGUAGAUAAUGUAAAUUUUAUCUUAUUUUCUUUUUUUAGAGUAGUUGAUAAUUUGAUAACAAUCUCUGAUUUUGCAUGGGUACCACCUUUCUUAAAUUAAAAUAAUUCGUAUUUUGGGUUCUGUACUGCAUAUGUUUGUAGGAUACAGGGGUUAAUGGAAUCAUAAAAGUGAUUUUCUGUAAUAGUUUCUUUUAAAUAAACAUUUUUUGAGUUACAAUACGAUAAUUUAAUAUAAUAUGCAGUACAUUAUCCAAAAGAGGAGGUAAUUAAUCAAUGCAAUAGAAUGUAGUGGUAAUAAUUCCUUUUAUUUAUUUUUUUAUUUUCAGUAUUCAUAUAGUAAAAUUUUACUGUAUGGAAAUUUUGGUAUAUUCUUAUGGUUACUCUUUUUAAUUGAACUGAGAUUGUGUUUGGCAGCUCUUUUUGGGAAUAUGUGUGUGUAAUUUUUAACAGGUAUUAAAGUCUAGCCUAACUCUUGUCUAAAAAGAAAGUACAGUAUUUAAGGGAUUUUUCUUUUAGCUCUCAUCUGUAGUGGCAUUAAAAAUAAAAAGAUCUUGGCACUUUUCAUAUACUUGAACCUCUAAUGCACCUGUCUUUCACUUUUUGAGACAGACUGAAUACAUCUAAGAUUUUUAGCAGUAGAAAAACUAAAACCUUUAAUUUGCACCAAGAGAGAAAAUACAAAUACAAACACAUUAAUUAUGAAGAUAAUAGCAUUAAAAUAGUUACUGUGCAGCACAGAACUUCAUUCAUAUAGUCUACUUGGGUUCAAACUUUGAAUCAAUUUUAGUGCUGAUUAAAUGACAUUUGUAAUUCAUGCUACUGUGUUUUGAAAGUCUUUAGCUAAUUUAAGAUUGUAGAAUGAUAGGUAUGAUCAUUCAACUUGAUUUUAAGAAAGGAUUAUAUUAUUUGAGAUUUUGAGUCUUUCAUUUCUUUUAAAAAAAAAAAUCGUUGGGCAGAAAUGGUUAAAUCACUUUCAUUCUCCCCAAAUCUGGAGUUAAGAAGUUUCAUACUGAGGGUGGGUGCCAAUUUCUCACUAUUUAUGAAGAGGCUUUGCCACGGAUCCAUCCAGAUGGUGUUUAUUUACAUUUAAUUUAUUUGGGACUUUAUUGAAGUUAAAUAUACUUGGAAGUAUUUCUUUUGUUCUUCAAAGUUUGCAUUUAAUGCUGUUUUCGUCAAUACUUCUGAUCAGUGAUAAACUCUACCUGUAUUCUCAACCAAGCCAGCUGAAGUUUUUCAGGACCUGGAGUCUCACUGAGCAUCUUUUUAGUCAGUGUGGUUUAUUGAGUGUGAGUUUUACACACAUUCAAAACAUUAACCACAAAAUAUAAGAGCACUUAUAGUCACCAUUAACUUUUAUCCCAAGUCCGUUUUUGUUUUUCUUUAAACUCCAAACAAAAGCUAUAUUAGAGACUUAAAAAAUACUGAAAUACUUUUUGAGAGAAGAAGAAAGAAUUUGAUAGAACAAGUACAACCCACAGUAUCUUUUUUGUGUGAAUGGGAAAUAUUUUAAAAUUCAUUUAUUUAGGUUAAUACAAGUUUGAGAAAAUUAUGUUUUCUAAAAACAUAAAUGUACAUGAAAAUGGAAAUGCUUACAGUUUGAUCAGGUAUGAAGGGAGCUUUAAAUUCUUAUAGUCACUAUUCUUUUAACAAUAAUCAGUAAAUAGUUACAUUUUCACUCAGCAAAAGAUUGGCAUUUGUUAGUCUUUUAUAUUUAAUACUAAAAUCACAAUCAUGAAAUCACAGCCAUGAAAUGGUCCUCACAUAGUUGUCAUCUGUGUCACUUUUCAGUUUGCAAUGUUAAAUUGUAGCUAUUUCAUUUCAAACUAAAGUUUGGACACUGGAAAAUCAUUGCUCAGUGAUUUGUAAUUUGGUAGGUGGAUUAUUUAUCUAGGGAUGUUUGUAUAUUUUGUCAGUAAUAUUGCGCUGCCAUCAUGGUGACUGUCAUGGUUCUAUAUAAAUGCCCUCCAUCUGCCCCCUAAUGUUGCAUGUUUUCAGUGGGCUGGAAGUUUUGUAUAUUUAUUGUAUUAACACAGAGUGUCAUAAAAUAAAAUGCUGUUUACUGGA